AUGCCCAAAUCGGCACCCGUCGAGAAGUUCUAUCUGCAGCCAACUUUGCAUUCUCCAAACAGCCCUUUGCCUGUGCUACUAUAUCGAGGAAUACUUCCCCACCCCAUCAACGAGGAGUCGACCUCCGAGUUUCUACAGGCCAACGGUUGGGAGAAAAGAGGGACAUGGGGCCACAUCGCGACUCAUCAUUUCCACCCAAAUACCCAUGAAUGCUAUGGAAUUUUCCAGGGUUCUUCGACCCUCAUCAUUGGCCGUGGAAGAUUCGACGACGAGGGCGGUGUCUACAUCCCCGUCAAUACGGGAGAUGUAAUUGUCCUGCCUGCUGGAACCACGCACUGCUCUCUCGAAAGUAAGGGAGACUACCGAUAUGUUGGUGUCUACCCAAAGGGUGCACUGCGAUGGCGAAAUGAAUUUGGCAGAAACCCCAUUGAUAUCAACACUCAGAGAAAAGAAAUUUUAAGAGUGGAGAUGCCAACCCAGGACCCGGUAUAUGGGAAAAACGGCCCUCUUGUUCACCUGUGGAACGAAGCCUUGUUGGAGUAUUCGGCAGGAGGAGCUUCAAAGCUGUAA